UGAAUGUUAGCACCAGAAAACAUCCAAGCAUUAGUAGCUAUAGACAAGAGAAUUGUAUCAUUCACAUUGUUUAGAAGCUAAAUUGUAAUUUUAGCCAAAUUUAGCAUUAAAGAUGACUAAGUUGAAGGCAUUGUUAGUUCUUGUUUGUUUGCUUAUUUCAGCUCUCGCUAUGGUGGCUGAAAGCCGAGUAGCGAGAAAGGACUUGGGUUUGGACUUGGGGUUACCCAUAGGGGUAGGGAUUGGAGCCGGAGUAGGGAUUGGUUUAGGAGGUGGGAGUGGCUCAGGAGCUGGAGCUGGCGCAGGUUCUGGCUCAGGAUCUAGUUCUAGUUCGAGUUCAAGUUCAAGUUCAAGCUCGAGUUCAUCAGGUUCCGGUGGUGCAGGCUCAGAAGCUGGCUCGUCAGCAGGAUCAUAUGCUGGAUCAAGAGCUGGUUCGAGGUCAGGCUCUCGUGGUGGAGGCUCAGAAGCAGGCUCAUCGGCAGGAUCAUCAGCCGGAUCAAGAGCUGCUUCAGGAUCAGGAGGCAGUCGAGGAGGAGGAUCUGGCCGAGGGUCUGGUUCAGGCCAUGGUGAAGGUUAUGGCGAGGGUUCAGGAAACGGAGGUGGCCAUGGUGAAGGAGGUGGAUCUGGAUCAGGUUAUGGUGAAGGAAAUGGAAAAUGAAUACAUGUCAAAUGCAUAUAUGUUAAAGAAGGAAAUAAAGUGGUAGUCAUGCAGUACUUGGACUCGUGCAUUUUGUUUUAGACCUUGUGUAACUAAGAAUGAUCAUUGCCUGCACUUUAAGUAAAUUGAAGAAAGUUGAAUGGUGUCGUAUGUUUUCUUCCGUUUGUAGUAAAAUCUAUGAAAUCCCUAGCUACAAGGGUAACAGCAAUAAAAUUAUUGUCAUUUUGUCACUGUA